CAACAAUGCGAUCUUCCAGGUCAUGGCAACAUUGGGUCAUGACAAGGCUUCACGUUCAAGUUGUCGCGACUUCAGUCAGAACACGUUCGAAUGUUUCUAGAUCUUUAGCUGUCGCGUCCGUGCGACAGCCCCCGUUUCAACGCGCUGCACGCUUUAGACGCUUCUUUGCUACGCCUCAAAAGUGAGCCUCCCUGCAUAGGAUUCGGUAAUCCCGAUUGCUCGUCGGCUUUUCCAACUCCUCUGUCAGCUAGCCACGCUGUUCGCCCCUUGCUCUUGAGCAUAAUACAACCCUCGUCCGCGGCUUGAAUCAACUCCGUCCGUAUCGCCAUGCUUAGCAAACUCACAACCCAAAUCGCACUGCGAAAGGCCGGACUGGGCGGGGUUAAGAUACCAGACCCGUUUGCUGCCAGUGAAUCGAAGAGCACAAAAGGUGCUCAGGACUCAGAAGGAGGUGGUCUGUCGAAUCCCUUUGCCAACGUCAAAUGGGGACCACCUAAAGCCUUCGCUUCUUGGACGACUCCACCUCCAACUCAGAAUUCAGUACAACCGGCGCCAAUUGCAGGUGACAGGGCACAGUCUGGUGUAAAGCUCCGGCUUCCUGCAGUCGACGGGAGGCCUUGUGUUGUAUUGUUCCUGAGAUACUGUGGCUGUCCUUUUACAGAGAAGCUCUUUCUUCACCUGCGAUCGUUAGCGAACCGACAUACCUCAAUACACUUCAUCGUCGUAUCACAUUGCACCCAGGCCGCCACCAACGAAUGGGUCAAGAAACUAGGUGGGCCGUGGAUGUUAGACAUCAUCGUAGAUGAGAGUCGGGAAUUAUAUGCCCUGUGGGGGCUAGGUAUUUCGAAUUGGGGCCAUCUACUCAAUCCGCGGAACGGGUACAACCAGUACAUGCUCGGCAAGAAGGAAGGCGUGUGGGGACAACAAGUUGGGGAAGGGGGUUGCAGAUGGCAGACUGGAGGCGCAUACGCCAUUGACGGGCGAGGCAUCGUCAAAUGGGCUUACCCCAUGAAGAGUGUGGAUGACCAAGUACCAAUCGAGGAAGGCAUCAAGGAGCUUGGCUUCAGUCGUUGAGAAGAUACCCAAUACCAAAGCACUUCGAUUGCAAGAUCGUGACAUAAGGGUAUUUGCAAGGUGAGUGUGAAAUAUGGACUUUGCUUAGGAUAAUCUUGAAAUCGUC